AUGUCGACUACCACUACUACAGAGACACAGGCACAACGCACUGUCCCGAUCAGCCUUCAAGCAAACAAAUAUCCAGAGCCUUUAAAGGCUUCGGGGGCACUUGACAAGUUCAACUUUGAAGAGUCCACGCCCGUCAUCGGACGUGAAUACCCUACUGUCAACCUUGUUGACGAUAUUAUCAAUGCAAAGAAUGCAGAUGAACUGAUCCGUGAUCUUGCCAUUACCAUUUCCGAAAGAGGAGUCGUCUUCUUCCGUGCCCAAGAUAAUCUCACGGAUGACCUCCACAAGGAACUUGUCCACCGUCUUGGCCAACUCACCAACAAGCCGUCAGAAUCAAGCCUUCACAUUCACCCUCUUCUAAACGGCAGCAAUGAGUUUGGUGUAGAAGAUAAUGAAAUCAGCGUCAUCUCAUCCCAAUCUCACUUCUUCCAUGACAAAAAAGACAGAGAUGACCGCAAGCAAGGCGCUGCCAGCUGGCACAGCGAUAUUCAGUUUGAGGAGUACCCAGCGGACUACACGAGUCUGCGCCUAACUACCCUUCCAUCCGGUGGUGGUGAUACGCUCUGGGCUUCGGGAUACGAGCUAUAUGAUCGAUACAGCGAUCCGUACCAAAAGUUCUUUGAAGGCUUGACUGCGACAUUCUCGGGUGAAGGGUUUCUCAAGGCCCGGGAUGCUCGUCCUGAUCAUUUUAAGAUUUACGAGAAGCCGCGUGGUCAUCCCGAGAAUAUCGGCGAUGCGCUCCAGACUUCCCAUCCUGUGGUCCGGACAAACCCUGUUACAGGCUGGAAGUCGCUCUUCGCAGUGGGCAACUUUCCCAAGCGUAUCAACGAGUUGAGUGCUCGCGAGAGUAGAGAGCUACUCGAGUCUUUCUACAGACGAAUUGAAGAGAAUCACGACUUGCAGGUGCGCUUUAGAUGGAGAAGCCCUAACGAUAUCGCAUUCUGGGAUAAUCGCAGCGCAUUCCAUAGCGCCACUAAUGAUUAUGAUGGUCUUGGUCCGCGAGAGGGUCAUCGUGCUGUUGGUAUUGGUGAGAAGCCUUACUUGGACCCUAACAGCCUUUCUAGAACCAAGGCGUUGAGGACGGAGGAAUAA